CCGUGCGUCAAGCUCAAGGCAACUGUGAUUACGGAAUGCUUCCAUCGACUGCCUCCAACAAGCGUGUCACAGCACCUCUUCAUCCACAUCACAACUGGUCCGAAUCGAUCCCGCUCGACUUCUUUCAUUUCCCACGCCCUAUUCAUAUCGCAUCUUCGACGCCUCUCGACACAUAGCCAGUGCCGACGGCAGCGUGCCCUGUCCGCGGCCUUCACCAUGCCUUCCGCGACCGGUCAAAACUGGGAAAAGUACCAGAAGACCUUUGCCGACGAUGAGGUAGAGGAGAAGAAGAUUACUCCUCUGACAGAUGAGGAUAUCCAGGUCCUCAAGACCUACGGCGCGGCGCCGUACGGUGCAUCAAUAAAGAAGCUGGAGAAGCAGAUCAAGGAGAAGCAACAGAGCGUGGACGAAAAGAUUGGCGUCAAGGAAUCCGACACCGGUCUAGCACCGCCGCAUCUGUGGGAUGUGGCCGCCGAUCGUCAACGGAUGUCUGAAGAACAGCCUUUUCAGGUAGCGCGGUGUACCAAGAUAAUCGAAGACGAGAAGGGCGACGAAUCGAAGAAGAAAUACGUUAUCAACGUCAAGCAAAUCGCAAAGUUCGUCGUCCAGCUUGGCGACCGCGUCAGCCCCACGGAUAUCGAAGAGGGCAUGCGUGUCGGCGUCGAUCGUAACAAGUAUCAGAUCAUGCUGCCCUUGCCGCCCAAGAUUGACGCCAGCGUCACCAUGAUGACCGUGGAGGAGAAGCCCGAUGUCACGUAUGGCGAUGUCGGUGGUUGCAAGGAGCAGGUUGAGAAGCUGAGGGAAGUCGUCGAGAUGCCUCUGCUCUCUCCCGAGCGAUUCGUCAACCUCGGCAUCGACCCACCCAAGGGCGCCCUUCUCUACGGACCUCCCGGUACCGGAAAGACGCUCUGCGCCCGAGCGGUCGCCAACAGAACCGACGCCACCUUCAUCCGUGUCAUCGGCAGCGAGCUGGUGCAAAAGUACGUCGGCGAGGGCGCUAGGAUGGUCCGCGAGCUCUUCGAGAUGGCCCGGACGAAGAAGGCAUGCAUCAUCUUCUUCGACGAAAUCGACGCUGUUGGCGGUGCUCGAUUUGAUGACGGCGCUGGCGGCGACAACGAGGUGCAGAGGACCAUGCUUGAGCUCAUCACGCAGCUUGAUGGCUUCGACGCCCGAGGCAACAUCAAGGUCAUGUUUGCCACCAACAGACCCUCCACCCUGGAUCCCGCCCUGAUGCGUCCGGGACGUAUCGACCGCAAGAUCGAGUUCUCUCUCCCCGACCUCGAGGGACGAGCCAAUAUUCUGCGCAUCCACGCAAAGAGCAUGUCGGUUGAGCGGGACAUUCGGUGGGAGCUCAUCUCCCGCCUGUGCCCGAACGCGACCGGUGCCGAGCUGCGGAGCGUGUGCACCGAGGCCGGCAUGUUCGCCAUCCGGGCGCGGAGAAAGGUGGCCUCUGAGAAGGACUUCUUGAGCGCCGUCGACAAAGUCAUCAAGGGCAACCUCAAGUUCAACUCGACGGCCACGUACAUGCAAUACAACUAAAGGCAGCGGAGGGUUUCUCGUGUACUUUUUUGCUCCUGUAUUGCAAUCCACCUUAUCGCGCUGUGUAUGACUACGAGGCGGAGCGAGAUGGGGGUGGGUGGGCUUCCAGACGCGUCACUCAUAGCUUUCCAUGGUAGAGGAAAUAGAAGCCGGCGUUGACGGUGUCGCCAGAAGACCCCAGUUUCACGGACACAUGACAUCACCCAAGUGCUACACGCAAUGUCCAGUUGGCUAUCAGUACCAGAGAUUCAUGUCUGGCCUGGAAUCGGAACUUGGAUUGUCCGACGAAUGCAUGGCUGUCCCAUCACAUGUUUGGCGGUUGUUGAGCAGCGGCAACUUGACUGUGCCACACUGCCUUGCCUAUGCUGCAGAAAAAGAA